GGCCACGGCGCCCUUUUCUAAAAUGGCCGAUGCAGCCUCAGUCGCACGGGGCGGUGUAAGAAGAGGCGGCUAAGGACCACAGUCGGGAUGUUGCGGACAGCGCUGGGCCGCGUGCCGACCCUACUCCGUAAUGUGCGGACCCGGGAUCUCGGACCAGGGCGUCUUUGGGAUUCGGGGGCUCGCCUAAGGACCGCGGAGAUACGUCGGGGCUGGGCCUGGGGCUGGCGGAGCUCGAGCUCCGCGCCCGCACCAGGGCGUGUUGCGGCGCUGGGGCGCGUGAAAGCGGACCACUACCAGCUCGUCUAUACCUGCAAGGUCUGUGGGACCCGGUCAUCCAAGCACAUCUCAAAGUUGGCCUAUCACCAAGGCGUGGUCAUUGUGACUUGCCCUGGCUGCCAGAAUCACCACAUCAUCGCGGACAACCUAGGCUGGUUCUCUGACCUGAAGGGGAAGAGGAACAUUGAAGAGAUCCUAGCAGCCAGAGGAGAGGAGGUACGCCGGGUGUCUGGUGAUGGUGCCCUGGAGCUGAUACUGAAGCCAGCUGACCCGCCUGCUACCCCAGAAGGAGGUGAGGGUCCCACCCACCCUGGCAAGAUGGAAUCGAGCUGAACUGUACACCCC